GAUACUCUCAAUUUAUGCUUAGUUUCUCUGGAUGAAAAUGAAGCAUUAGUAAAAAAUAUUUUAAAAAUCCUUACAGAUUUUAUUCCAAUAUUAAAAAAUGAUCGGGAGCAAAGUUUGGUUAUAGCUGAAUGCAUGCUGAGGAUUAGUGCUGAAGAAGUAGUUCCUGUAAACAUUUUGAAAUGUGCUGUUUAUAAUUUGAACUUGUUGCUUGAUGAAAAUGAACCUGUUUUGAAUUGGUUGAAAAAUGAAGAAUCUCUAGAAGGCUAUCUUCUGAUUCUUGGAAGAAGAUUACCAUUUGUUGGAGAUUUUGAAUGUCAGUCCUACAUUUUUGAAACAUUGUGUCAUAUUAUUUAUGAUAAUGAAGACAAACAUAAAUGGAUUCAUUCCUGGUUUACUGAUGAUGAGAAAACAAGAUCAAUGUUUUUAAACUGGAAUCUACAGCACUUUGAAGUGGAGAGUAGAAAAAUCUUAAAUCAAAUCAAUAGACGUGAGCUGAAUCCAAGAACUUAUGCUUAUGCUGCUACUGCUGUCUACUUUGGAAAUGUGCAAUUGAAAAAAUUGAAUGGCCUUGAAUUUUGGAUAGACUUCAAUUAUGAUUCUAAAAGCAUUUCAUUCUUUUGUAAAGAUUUUGAAAUUGAAGAUCAAGAUAUUUCUGAAUCUUGGGAGACUGUUGUUAUUUCAUCUGAUAACAUUGAAAGCUAUUCUGUGCAAAAAAAAGAAGACAUUAAAUCCAUUGAAUUGGAAAUCAUGCUUAAUUGUCCUUGCAGAGAUCUUUUGGUAUCACAAGUUCCUUUAUUUGAAACCAAUUUAGUUCGCAUGAUUUUUUGGAUUUAUGUUGAUAUAAGUUCUCAUCUCAAAGUGAUAUUUGGAGAACCUGAAACCUUGGCUAAUGACCAUGUUAUCUGCAAUCAAAAAAGCCAAGGAUCCCUAAAGCCUCGAAAAGUUUCCCUUUCUGUUGAUGCAUUUGGAGUUCGGGACCGAGAUGACAUUGUUUCUGCAGGAAUGGCUCGUAAAAUUUCUGCUUCUGAUGUUGUGGAGAUUCAUGCACAAGAUAAUUGUGAAAAAAGUGUGAAGCGAAUUUCUGAUUCAUUAGAACUCAUAAGUUUGUUUGAUGAUAAUGAUAAAAAUGAUCUUGACAUAGAAAAUUCUGUUCAUAAAACUCGUGAUUCCACUCCAAAAAGGAAAGCCUCUUGUAGUAGUUUACUUUUAAAGGAAUCUGACAGUGAAAGAAGCUUUCAAAGGAAUGACAAUUAUAAACAUAAAAGGUUUAAGUUUGUGAGGACUACUUCAUCAGAAAAGCUUUUUGGAAAUAGUGAAAAAUUGACAGAUGAAAAAGGUUUAAAAGAUGUAAAUAAAAAUUGUAAUACAGAGGACAAUUCAUGCAUUUUUAUAUCAGAAAGAAAAUCUUCAGAUGCUUUAUGUGGCAUUAGAAGUGAUGAAUCAGAUAUUCUAAUCAUUGAUACUGGUGAUAGCGAUGGAAGAUUUGGAGAAAUAUCUGAAAGUUUCUUAGAUGAAAAGCACUCAAAUGAUCUACAAACGGUAUCGGAGGCUUUUAUCAAAAGUAAAAAUGUAAAUUUAACUGAAAAAGUUAGCAGGUUGAAAUCUCCGAUACUUGUUCAAGAUAUAAAGUUCGGAGAAUCAAUUCCUAGUGGUUUAUCUCAGCAACCUGACAAAGCUGGAACAAAUUUAUCAUUUAAGGAUUCUCAUGUAAUAAAAAAUUCUAAUGAAUUUGCAAAGUUAUCACAAAAAGAUAAGAAGUCUACCUUUUCAGAAGGUAGAGAAAAUUCUCAAAAGAAAGUAAGAAAAAAUAGUUCAACAAAAUUAUCUGAGUCUUUUUCAGAUGAAGCAUAUGUUAUUUCUCCAACACCAGCUAAUAAACAGAAAGGCAGAAAAAUUACUAUGCUAACACCGAGCGAUCUAAAAGAUAACACUUCCUCAGAAGCUCAGAAUUAUUUUGAAAAUCAUGCUGUUGCUAGAGAAAAUGAAAGAAAUAUCUCGUAUAAAACUGGAUUUGAUGAAGAAGCAGAAGAUAAUUUUAAAAAUUUAAAUUCCCCACAAAGUAAAAAUAAAAAGGAUGAUACAUCAUAUAAUCGGCAAAAGAAAAUACGUUUGUAUAAUAUAAAUCGUGAUCCAGUUUAUGAUGUUCCUCCUUCUGAGCAGAAGAAAAUAAAUGCUACCCCUAUACAGAAAAAUCCCCUUCCUUUUAAUGAUUUUUCCCACAAAACACAAAAUAAGAGUUUGAUGCAAAGUCCUCUGCAUUUAAGUGACGAAGAUUUUUGUGAAUCAAAACUUUGUAAGAUAUCAACUGAUUCUUUAGAAACUAAACAGAAACACAAUAUCAAUAACAACAGCCUAUGUGAAAAUUUUGAUAAAAAUGAAGACAAGUUAUCAGAAAACAAUUUUCUUGAAAAUGAUCAAACAAAAGAUCUAGAAGUUAAAGCAUUUCAGGAAAGUACAAGUGGAAAUGAGCUGCAUCUUUCUGAUAAGGAUACUGCAUGUAGGAAACCAGUAAGGAAGAAGUUAAAGAAGGGUAAUGAUGUAAGUGGUAGAAGAAAAUCAUUGACUAAUAACAUAUUGAAAAGGAAACCCAAUGAUGUGGAGGAAAGAGGCAUUUUUGAUGAAGUUCCUGCUAAAAAACAACGCAAAUCUGCUAUAAAAGCAAGGGAACUGAACAAAACUAUGUUGGAACAAAAAGAAUCAAGUGGCUCUACUGAAGGACUUAAUAAUGAAAAAGCAAGCAAUGCUAAUCUUAUUGAUAAUGAAAAUAACGAAGCUUUCAGUACUCCUCCUACAAAACCAGUAAAGAAACGAAGAUUAAAGUCUGUUUUCUUAACUGAUACAGAAACAGGCAGUAGUAAUGUGAGUUGGAUUGGAGGAAAAAAAUCUUGUUUGUUUGAAACACCCCCAAAACGGUUUUCGAGACGAAUUAAAAAUAAGCAGGCAUCCAAAAGAGCGAGUCCGAAAAAGAGGACAUACAAAUCUACUUCAGUUAAUUGUAAAAGGAAACAGGACUCAAAUUUUCCUGUGAAUGGCUUUGAAAUAAAAUCUAAAAGUGGACUAUCUGAUUUGGAAAAUUAUGAACUGGUUGUGGAAAAGAAAAAAGAUAAUUGCAAAUCUUCACAUUUGAAUCAUAAGCCUUUUACUUUUGAAACUGUCUCUAAAGCUAUAAAUGCUGCUAUGGAAGAAAUUUUAAAUAAACAAGAUUUUGAUAAUGUAUCAAAUACAUCUAACAUUAAAUCAAACAUGUGUGAUAAUAUCCCAGAAUUUCAUUAUAAUGGAGAUCUUCCUACAGAUGAAUCAGUUUUAAAUAAAAACCUCAAUAUCUCAAACAGAAAGCCAACAAACAUUAGUGGAAAUGAUUUGAAAUCACAUAUUGCCAAUGAAUCAAGCACAUUUAAAAUAAAACAAUCAUCAUCAGAAGAGAGACAUUCAGGAAGUGAAAAAUCUGUAUUUAAAGAAAAAGAUGAUGCAAGUAAUUCUGAUCUACAACAAAAAAUUGUAUUUAAUGACCGACCACUCUCCAGCUCUGUGAAGAAAAGAAAGCAAGCUAAUCUUUCUAAACCAAAAGAACAAAUUAAAAGAAAGAGUAAUGAUAUUAAUAAUGCACAGUGUAUCAACUUGGACAUAGUUACUCAUACAAAUGAUUUUCAUGCUCAAGAUUUAACUAUGCAUGAUGAAAAUUUACAAAACAUUCCAUCUGCUUUUGUUACACGAAUCCUAGAGUCUCCUGAUACAUCAGAAAAAGAAAAAAAUAGUUUUUCAUCUAUGACAGAAAAAACAUCUGAAAAGCAUCAUUCUACUUGUCUUUCUCCAAAUGUUGCUGAACAAAGCUUGAGCUCCGUGGAGAAUAAUGAAGCUAUAGGCAAAGAUCUCCAUAUCCAAAGGUUUUUUGAAGAUUUAUCUGGUGAAUCUUACUGCCCAAAUUGUUAUAAGUGUGCUGAUAAUUUUGAUAUAGCUUUUCCAGUGAAUAGGAAAACAAGCAAGUCUAAUGAAUCAUCUACAAUUGAUAAUUUAUUGAAGUAUAUAGCUACAAAAAAUUAUUUGUCAAAUGAAAUUAAAAAUUGUGAACUGGCUUCUACCCAAAAGUAUAUAGAGAGCAAGAAAAAAGCAUGUUUGAAAACUUUUGAAGAUUGCAGUGAUAAAUUUAAAGCCAGUUCUGAAAAGGAUCUACAGAAAUUUUCAUCACUGGAAAAUCAUUCAAAUUCUGGUUUGCAAGAAGAAUAUUUUGAUAAAAAUAUGGAAGAAAAUAAUAAUGGAACGAUUACUAAAAUCAAUGGAAGAAAACCAUCAAUGCAACUUUCUAUUCUUCAUGUUCUUGGCACUGAAAUGGACAAUAUGACCCACAAACUUUUAAAAACUUUGCAAAAACACUUUCUCGAUUUUAAUGCUAAAGUUAUUGCUUCUCGUGAAAAGAUUCUUUCAACUGCAAAUGCCUUGAUUUCUAAAGAAAAUGACUGGAGUCACAAAGAUCUAAAAAAUAUAGCAAAAACAUACAAAGUGAGCCGAAUGCAAGCUGAAAAAAGACUAAAGAAAAUUCUGUUGGUGGGACAAGAAUAUUUUGAAGCUGAAAAGAUGCUGGAUCAUAAAAUGAAACGGCUGCAUAAAAAAGCUCUUAAAAAAUAUGUUGCAAGGAUAAAACUUGCUGGAACAUAUGCUGUGGAAGCACUGGAGGACCGAGCUACUGCAAAAACAGAAGUGUUGCUUAAAAGUAUUUUGAAAAAAAUAGAAAACCUCUAAGUGCACAAUGCACAAAUGUGUAAUUUUAUGCAUUUAUAUUGAUUUGUUAUUUUUGUUUUACUUGAAUUAAAGAUUUAA